CGGACCACUGAGGGCCCCGGGGGGAGACUGGCGAGAAGGACAGGAUUUUGGUCUGCGGCGCCGGUUGGCGCCUGCGGCGUGUCUCCCCCUCAGCCGGCUUAGUGAAGUGGUUCAUUCCGGCUGCGCUCUUGUGCUCCGGGUCUAGCCGGCCUGGGUGCGGGCAUCGGCGCUGCGGGCUCCACUGCACGGUGCGCCUGCCAUUGCCACCAUGCUGGAGCUGCUCGCGGCCGUGCUCGCCCUGGCACUCGCCUACUUCGCGCUGCUGGACGGCUGGUACCUGGUGCGGGUGCCGUGCGCCGUGCUGCGAGCGCGCCUGCUACAGCCGCGCGUCCCUGACCUGCUGGCGGAGCAGCGGUACUCUGGCCGUGUGCUGCCCUCGGACUUGGACCUGCUGCUGCACAUGAACAACGCGCGCUACCUGCGCGAAGCCGACGUGGCGCGCGCCGCGCACCUAACCCGCUGCGGGGUGCUGGGGGCGCUGCGCGCGCUCGGGGCGCACGCGGUGCUGGCCGCCUCCUGUGCGCGCUACCGCCGCUCGCUGCGCCUGCUGGAGCCUUUCGAGGUGCGCACCCGCCUGCUGGGCUGGGACGACCGUGCCUUCUACCUGGAGGCCCGCUUCGUCAGCCUGCGCGAUGGCUUCCUGUGCGCGCUGCUGCGCUCCCGCCAGCACGUGCUGGGCACCACGCCGGAGCGCGUUGUGCAACACCUGUGCAAACGAAGGGUGGAGCCCCCCGAGCUGCCAGAGGACCUGAAGCACUGGAUCACCUACAAUGAGACCAGCAGCCAGCUGCUCCGGGCAGAGAGCGGGCUCGGUGACACAGCUAAAGACCAGUGACUACCCCCUGCCCAUCUACCUGCCAGCUUCCACCUGGGGGUAAUCGUCCACCCAUUUCUGCCUGCCAUGGGCAGGUGCAGAACGGGUUGGGAUAGUCUGGUUGGGCUUGCUACCAGCUGGUACUGCCUGGUGACCAGCCCAGCUGCUUUCCCACACUCAGGUCCCUUGUCCCCAUUUCUUCAUGGCUGCUCUCUUAACUCACCCCACACUGGGUAGGAGAUGGGGUAACAGGGUGCCUUGGCCUAGGUUUGCCCUCAAGGCGGAGUGUGUGGCAGAGUGGUCCCAGAGCCCUGGCUGCAGGCUUUCCUGGGGGGGCACAACAAGACUUAGGUCUCCCGGUCGUCACACAUGGAGCUUUGAACGGUCUGAGUAGUAUCUCAGGGCAGAUCCCUCUGGCUGUGUGGGAGAGAGGGGGACCAGCCCAGGAUAGAAUCUAGGAGGGAGGGCCCAGGCCAUCUGAAGACCACACCAGGAGGGAGGCCUGGCUAUUUGGGCUCCUGGUUGGGAGAUUUGUGUCUGGGAGGUGUGCUAGGACCAGUACAGAACACAUGGUGGGGAUGCCUGUGAUGGUGGGGAACUUCCUGUUAUUGGGUGAUUCCCAAUGGGGCCUGCUACCUAUGGUGGCACAGAGCGGGCAAUGGAGUCCUGCCCUGGUACUCUGUGCAUCUUGCCCCUGCCUCUCCACACCCCUUGGUGCCCAUAGGCUGCCUGUUUUGGUCCCGCUUUUCCCUUGGGGCUGACUUUACCUCAGAACCAAUUACCUUCCAGCAGAGGAGAGGGAGGCCUAGAGAGCACUGAGAGUGGCCCGGAAUGCCUAGGACCAAGCAAGGACUCUGCCUCACACCUCUUCUCCCUGACUGGCAGGAAUACUGGAUCAGGGUCCCUGGUUGGGGGGAUUCUGCUUUCUUGCAUGUGUGACUAUGAGGAUGCUGUGCUAGCCUGCCUCUGCCCCACUGCUCAACAGGCAGGCCCGAGGGACUGUCUCCUUGCCCAAGACAGGAUAGUCCAGGAAGGCCAUCUGGAGCAGGAGCCUGGAGCACAACUACACUUCCAUUCCUUGCUCGCCCCCACGCUGUUGUUUGCCUUACAGCCACCACAGGAGAGCUGAAAUGUUUCUGUCUUAUUUAAAACAAGACCACAAUUAAAAGGACCUUAAAUGUGA